UAAAAUCAGAAUCUUAAUAGGAAAAAUCUUCUGAAAGUAUCAGGCGACCUAUGUUUUUUAACAGUAAUAAGGAUAAACCCCCAUAAUAAUAAAAAUAAGAAGAAUAAAAGAAAUAAUAAGAUAUAAUAUAAGAAGCCUAAAAAAAUCAAGAAACAUUGAAAAAUAAUACAGGCUUAACCCCUUAAAAUUGCACAAAUUUAAUAUACAUAAGAAGCAAAUAAGGAGUAUAUAGUAGUAAUAUAUUUUAAUAAGGCACUGAUGAAGAAAAUAGAUACUUUACAGGAUCAGCAGAUCAAAUGAUAUAAUCAUAAGACCAAUAAUACAUAGUAAUAACUUAAGAUAUAGGAGUAACAAUAGUAAGUACAUAAGAUAAAAAAAUAAUUUAUAAAAAAUAAUUUAUAAAUAUAAAAACUGUCUAUUUGAAUGUAUUUUUUUUUUUAAAAAAAAAAUAUAAAUUAAAAUAAUAUAAAAAAUAGUUAAAAUAUAUAUAAGUAAUUGAUCAUAUAGAUAAUAAUAAAUACAUCCUAUUUUUAUAUUCUUUUCCUGAUUUUAAGCUUAUAAAUUAAUGGGAACAUAAACGUUUUAUAAAGGAAAAUGUUCCAUAUGUGAAGUUUAAUUAAGGAGAAGAAAAAGCUUUUAUUUAUAAUUACAAUAGUGGCUUUUUAGAAGUAAUUAAUGUAAAAAAUAACGAAAUAAUAUAGCAAGCUGAAAUGCAAAAAAUAGACUUCUUUAGUCUUUCUCCUACUCACGAUUAUGUUGUUGGAUGUGCUCCAGAACAUAUGAUGGGCUAUGAAAAAACUUAAGCUAGACUAUAGUUUUACAAUUUAGAGAAAGGUAAAAGAGAAAAAGUUAAGAAUGUUGAAGAAGCUUAAGAAAUAUCAUUAAAAUGGUCCCCAGAUGGGAAUAAUGUAUGUAUUUUAACCUAAGCUAUACAUGAUUAGACUGGAAAUUCUUAUUAUGGGUAAACUAUUAUGCUUUAUUAUGCUUUUAAUUCGAAAAAAUUACUUAUUAUUCCAACAAUUGAAGGUCCUGCUCAUGAUUUUGCUUGGAAUCCUAAUAGUGAAGAUUUUAUGAUUAUUUCUGGUUAUAUGCCGGCUAAACCUGUUUUAUAUACUUCAAAAUGUGAACCUAUUUUUUAAUUCGGAAAUACUCAUAGAAACACUAUUAGAUAUAGUCCAAACGGAAGAUUUGUACUUAUUGGAGGAUUUGGAAAUAUAUCAGGAGACGUAGAUAUUUGGGAUUUAAAAAAUUUAUAAAAAAUAGCUAAUUUUAAAGCGGCAACAGCUUCUAUUAUUGAAUGGGGAAAAGAUAGUAGAACUAUUCUAACUGCUGUUGUGACUCCGAGACUUCGUGUAGAUAAUAAUUUUAAGGUCUUUGGAUUUAAUGGAGAUUUAGUUAAUUUCGGAAACUUUACACAUACAGAACUUUAUGAUGUUUAGUGGAAAGUUUAGGAAAAAGUUGGAAAGGAAAUUAGUGAAGAGGAAAUUUAGAAAAAUUGUUAGUAGUUUUUAAGCAAAAAUAAUUAAGGGUAGGCAAAAACAGGAGGAGGUGGAAGCUUUGCUGCAAUGCUUAGAAGUGACAAGGAUGAUAAACCUUCGAAAUUAACGGGAUAAGAAGAAUGGAUUUUAAAAACUAAGGAAUAAAAUAAAAAGAAAUGA